CUGCUGUAGUCCAGUCAACAGCACUAUGAAGCUGAUCGUUGUGGUAGCGUUUGUGGCGGUCGUGGCGGCCUCCGGCUGGGCGAUGCCCAGCUCCUUCGGCAGCAGCGGAGGCGGAGCAUACGGCUCCUCAGGCCGUGGAGCCAGCGGCCAGGGGGGCGGCAGAGGAGGCAGCGGAGGCCAAGGCUCAUUCGGAGGCAACGGAGGAGGCCAUGGUUCCAAGGGAGGGGGAAAUGGAGGCAGCGGUGGAGGCUAUGGUUCCAACGGAGGGGGAAAUGGAGGCAACGGAGGAGGCCAUGGUUCCAACGGAGGGGGAAAUGGAGGCAGCGCUGGAGGCUACGGUUCCAACGGAGGGGGAAAUGGAGGCAGCGGUGGAGGUUAUGGUUCCAACGGAGGGGGAAAUGGAGGCAACGGAGGAGGCCAUGGUUCCAACGGAGGGGGAAAUGGAGGCAACGGUGGAGGCUAUGGUUCCAACGGAAGGGGAAACGGAAGCAACGGGGCCGGGGGUCACAGUGGCUCUAACGGAGGUUCAGGCAACGGCAACCAAAAUGGAGUAGCCAAAGCAACGGUUAGCUUCCACCUCGGCGCUCCACAAGGCAAUGGUAACGGGGGUGGAGGCUACGAUGGUUCCAACGGUGGGAAUAAUGGAGGUAAUGGUGGUGCUCAUGGAGGAAAUAACGGAGGCAACGGCGGUGGUUAUGGCGGCUCCAACGGAGGAAAUAACGGAGGCAACGGCGGUGGUUAUGGCGGCUCCAACGGAGGUUUCAACGGGGGAAAUAACAGAGGCAACGGCGGUGGUUAUGGCGGCUCCAACGGAGGCUUCAACGGGGGAAAUAACGGAGGCAACGGCGGUGGUUAUGGCGGCUCCAACGGAGGCUUCAACGGGGGAAAUAACGGAGGCAACGGCGGUGGUUAUGGCGGCUCCAGCGGAGGCUUCAACGGGGGAAAUAACGGAGGGAACAGCGGUGGUUAUGGCGGCUCCAACGGAGGCUUCAACGUGGGAAUUAACGGAGGCAACGGCGGAGGACAUGGCGGCUCCAACGGAGGAAAUAACGGAGGCAACGGCGGAGCUUAUGGCGGCUCCAACGGAGGCUUCAACGGGGCAAAUAACGGAGGCAACGGCGGUAGUUACGGCGGCUCCAACGGGGGAAAUAACGGAGGCAACGGCGGUAGUUACGGCGGCUCCAACGGGGGAAAUAACGGAGGCAACGGCGGAGCUUAUGGCGGCUCCAACGGAGGAAAUAACGGAGGCAACGGCGGUGGUUAUGGCGGCUCCAACGGAGGUUUCAACGGGGGAAAUAACAGAGGCAACGGCGGAGCUUAUGGCGGCUCCAACGGAGGAAAUAACGGAGGCAACGGCGGAGGACAUGGCGGCUCCAGCGGAGGCAGCGGAGGCGGCUACGGAAAAUGAACCUUUUGAUGUAUUGUUUAUUCAGUUUGUCAAAUAUGAUUUUUUUCUGGGUCGAUGCUAUACUCAACACAUUUGUAAUAAAUUAUUCAAUGCG